AUGGUAGACGCAGCGACGGUGGAGUUUUCAAAGAAUGCCAAUUUGGUAAAAAAAUUUGAACGAAAUGAAAUUAAUGUAUCUGAUGCAGAGGAUAUUUCAGAAAAUGGUCCGAAAUUGCCAUAUUGUCUUGCCGGAGACGAAGCGUUCCCUUUAAAAGAGUACUUGCUUCGACCAUAUCCGGGAAAAGGCGGACUGACCAAAGAGACAAAUAUUUUUAACUAUCGUCUAAGCCGUGCCAGGCAAAAAAUUGAAAAUUUGUUUGGUGCUAUUACCUGUCAUUGGCGAAUACUGAGAAAGCCAAUAAUUGGUAAAGUAGAAACAGUGGAAAAAAUUGUGCAAGCUAUUAUUUGUUUGCAUAAUUGA